GUUAAGUCGCAACCCAACCACCCCCGGAGUGAAGAGUUUUUCCCCCGUGCUUGGGUCCCGUGCGCAGUAAAAUCGUGUUCGUUCUUAUCGUUUGUGUGUUUUUGUUUAGUGGCGGUCGUGUUUGCUUUGUCUCCGCUCUUGGUUCCCAGCGAUAGAAAAGUGUGACGUGUGUGAAGGGCAUUUAACUUUUGGGCUGUUGCAUCAAAACAUAACCCACCCCCAUCAUCUCACCUGCUUCCGCGGGCACAAGAGCGAAAGGAUCCCGUCACGAAGUGGCAAAGCGUCGAGUCCUGAACGAAGUCAAUAGCACCGUUUCGCCAGGAACCUAGCAAAAAUCCCUACAGCGAAAAGCGAAAGGAAACCCUUAAAACGCCGCGAAAACAAACCCUCCUGCGAGCAGCACCAAAAAAAAACGAAGAAAACAUAAACAUACCAGGACGUGUGUGGGUGUGUGCGCGCGUGAGUGAGUGUGUGCGUGUUUUUCUCGUCGACAGACGGGUGUGUUUGACCUGCGACGAAUUUUCAAAUGCGAAAGCGUAGCACUGGGAAGUCGCUUCAAGGACAAUCGCAGCAACCCGAGAGUGUUUGCCAGACGGAGCGAAAACAACAGGACGUCGAGUACCUGUGACGGCUGUCUGUGGCGAUAAGCUGUUUCUGACCCUGUCGAAAGUACAUCCCAAACGGGGCUAAGUCGGCGAAAAAUUGCGUUUUUGCCCAGUGCCAAAUUGAGUCCUAGUGAAGCGGUAAAACAAAGACAACUCGCGAGAAACCGGCUUAGAACUAGAGCCUUGUAAAACUGACAAAUAAAAAACCCGCUCCAGUGAACUUUGCAUAGUGUUGCCAAGGAGAUGGCUGUACAAGUGGAUAAUUUGUUACUAUCGGAUAUUGGCCGUUCAAUUUCGUUGGACACCGCGACACGCCUCAGAAACGCCGCCAUGAGUAAGCUAAUCCGCCAGGUGUCGAUCGAAACGCCGGCCUCGAAGCUGAAGGACUGCGUGCUGAAUCUGGUGGUGCCGGUUCCGGACACACCGGCGCAGGGUGCACGAAUCCUGGUGGUGUACGCCGGUGCCUGUUACCGCAAAAACCAGUCGAGCUCGAUCUCCUCGAUCAGCAGCCAGUUGUCGGAUACGGGCGAUAUCACGACUUCUCUUCACUUGCUCGCCAAGCAGAUGCAGAGUGGCAGUUUCACUAGCAUCAGCGAGGAAGGCCCGGACAGUGUACCGGUGCAGCAUCACCAGACAUCGGUGGCGAUCCAGCACAACCCACAGUCCCAUCAGGGCGUCCGUGAUGGAGCGCUGUUUCCCGGCUUUGAGGUAGCCGGUGUCAUCGAGUCGUUGGGUUGUGAGCUGAAGGCGGAUUGUGGCUUUAAGGUUGGCCAACGUGUGAUCCUGUACCCAUACGAGGGCGUUCCACACGGCUACUCGGAGUUGAUGGUAGUACCGGACCUGAUGUAUCUGAUCCCGAUCCCAGAUGAGUUGUCGCUGAGCGUUGCAGCAACCCUACCGACGGGAGCCUUGCUCGCCCAGAGUGCCAUCAUUGCCGCGCACAAGAUCGUGGAUGAUCUGCUCUCAACCCGACCAGCCGAGAAGGUGAAGAUACUGAUCGUCGGUACGGGCGGAUUGGCCCUGUGGGCCGUGCGUAUUGCCGCGCAGCAUUUCUACACACCAACCACGAAGGACAAGAUACAGAUCACCGUGGCUAGCCUGCGGGACGAGGGCUUCCUGGUGGCGAAGAAAUGUGAACGAGUAAACAUCGUCCAGUGGAAUGAGGAUCUGUACGAGAAGCAGCUGAUCGAGCGCACGCACGACGCCUGCGAUGGGUUGGUGGACAUCGUGAUCGAUUUCGGAACCACAUCACGCAGCCUGCACCGGUCGAUGCAGUGCCUAACGAAGGAUGGACACAUCUUCAUCAGUGACGAGGUGGCAGAGAAGCUGCUGCCCAAGUUCAGCAAGCGUGCCGAGGAGCGUGGACAAAAGAUCGAGGCCGUACCGACGGGUACGAUCGAACAGCUCCACGAGCUGGUGAAACUAGUUUCUUCCAACGAGAUUGAACCACCGCCACACUCAGUAUUUCCCUCGGAUCAGGCCGCGGAAGUGGUACGCAAGCUGGCCAGCUCGGAGAUUCCCGGGCGUGCCAUCCUCAAAUUCCAUGAUAUUGAGUAAGCACACAUCACCUCUCGGGUCCCCACCGAAUGCAGAAGGAGGAACGCAAAUUCUCAACCUCUGCCCACCUUUAUGGAGGGGGGGCAGAUGGUGCGGACGGAGUCGGUUUUUUGUUUAGCAAGGUUUCCCCUUCUUCCCAGUCCCGCAGCGGCUCCCAAACCUCUCCCCUUAACCAUAUCUUUCCCGCGACAAAAGGAUUCAUUUUAGUUGUAAGCAAACAGCUGCAGGAAUGGAGCUAAGGACAGCGAAAUCAUAAGAAUCGUUAACCCAGUCGAGACCCGCGUAAAGGCACAAGUAGAAAUCGCAAAGUUUUGGUUCGUGAAAAUUCAAGUAUGUUGAGGGAACGAGCGGCAGCAAUCUCCUGACGAACAUGCGUAGGAAUAUGAUACCGACGGUGGAAAGAAACAGACGUUCAUUUGUAUCGAAUGGAUUACUUUAACUGUCGCCAAGGGCUCCUCGCAUGGUUAGCUGAAUUCACGGAUCGAUAGGAUGGUCUAGCUUGAGUGUUGCGACAUGCAAGUGUUUAAGUGUUUUUUGUGUAUCGUCAGGAGCCUCAACCGGCUAGAUAGGCAACAUUUUCCCGCACCACACAUUGUCGUCUAGCGAUCGCAAAAAAAAAAAAACAAAAGCAGUAAUCAAUUUUCUCAGCGGUAACCGCGAGGAGUAGGAGAUUGUUUUUUUUUCGUCCUUACAUUGCCCUUGCCAUUAAAAGCCAUCUAUGUCAAAUUGUUUCACACAGUGGAGCCAUGUUUACUAAUGGCGAACACAAAACUGUGUGACUUGUUGUGAAUGUGGGCUAGGGGUAAGGUUUGGUAGUUCCCCUUCUUUAAGCUAGGUUGUUUUGCUAAUUUGAAUGUGAUCUAUAUAAGAUGAGUUUUCUGGUUACUUGUUUUUCGGCAAUGGCACUCGCGAAAAAAACCCAUCAUUUAGUAAGGCGUUUCGGGGUGAUAGUGAUUGCAAAAUUGCAAACGAAGGACCUCAUGUGGUGGAGAAACAAAUGCUUAAGAUAAUUAAACCGAAACAAACACAUCAACCCAGCAGCAUACCAGAAUGGUCGAUAAACGAGACAAGCCAUGUUGAGCGGAUGGAAAAGCAAUUGUUAAUAUGCAAAAAGUGAAGCAAGAAACACAGCAAUGUAUGCUCUUGGUUCGCCGGAUGUAAACGAAAUUCAACGGUGCAGCAAGGAGCCGAUAUAUAACUAACUAUUAACAGUGUGGCUAGAAUGUUACGCACUCACGCAGGUAGAGAGACAAGAGACAUUCGGAGGACACUUAGUUCGUGCGGUUUUCUCCUUACUUCCCUGAUCCUCGGUUUAGCGUUUAGUUGAUAACUUAAUAGCUUGUAAAAGUGCGAGAUAGGGCGUUGAACGAAGCGGAUGAAAUGAAGCAAGCUUAAGAGAACGAAUUAAUGCAAAGUGUAUUAUUGGUAAUGAGUUAUAAAAUAAAGAACUGUAUAGGAGUUACAAGACAUAUG